AUGGCAGUGGUCUUGCUGAAACUCCAAGUCCUACCAAACCCAGUCUUUGAAGGAGACACCCUGACUCUGAAGUGCCAGGGAGAAAAGCACGCAACAUUCUCCCAGGUGAAGUUCUACAAAGAUGGAAAAUUCCUUUAUUUCACUAACAUCAGCCAGCCUCUGUCUAUUGGAGCAGCAACAGUGAACAGCAGUGGGAAAUACUACUACAGUGGGGAGGUGAUAUUUCUCCCAUACAGUUUCUUACAAACCUCAGAGGCUGCCAUGGUUCAAGUUCAAGAGCUGUUCCCGCCUCCUGUGCUGAGCACUAGCCCCUCUCCAGAGCCCCAUGACGGGAGCCUGUUGAGCCUGAGAUGUCAGACGGAGCUGCAUCCCUAGAAGUCAGCCUUGCAGCUCCUCUUUUCCUUCUACAAGGAGGGCCACACUGUGCAGCACACAGGCCGCCACGCAAAACUCUGCAUCCCGGGAGUCAAGGAGGGAGACUCUGGGGUUUACUGAUGCAAAGUGGCCCUUGAGGGUAGCCAAGUCCAGAAACAGAGCCCCUCACUGGAAAUCAAGGUACAGGCUCCUGUGUCCUGUCCUCUCCUCACUCUGCAACAUGGAGCCACUAGCCCUGCUGUGCAGGACGUGAUAGAGCUGCUCUGUGAGGCCCAGAGGGGCUCCCCUCCAAUCCUCUACUUGUUCUACCUUGACAGGGAGAUCCUGAGGGACCACUCAGUCCUCCAUGGCGGAGCUGCCUCCCUCCGCUUCCCAGUGAAGUCAGAGCAAGAUCCUGGGAACUACUCAUGCAAGGCCAAGAACAGUGUCUCCAGAGAGAAGAGUGAGCCCUGGAAGCUUUCCAUGCAUGGUUCUCAAGUCAUGUCCACCCCCACCAGCAGCAACUGGCUGGUUGCUGGGCUACCUGGGAGGCUGUUUGGUACGAUGGUCAUUGCUGUGGCCCUUCUGGCAUAUUUCAGACCCUGGAGAAAAGCUGGGCCCCCUCCAGCCCAGAAUCUGCCCCCAGCUCCAAGUGGAGAGCAGUGCCCACUGGAUGGCAAUGUACUCCAGGAAGAGAAAGACGAAGAUAUUACCUACUCUGUGGUGCAGACAAUCUCAACAAGGAGCAAGGCAAACACUACUGCUAUCAUCAUUGCCACCAUAUUUACCACCAGUGACACCAUUAUGACCACCAUCUCCUCUCUCACUGCCAUCAUUAUCAACACCAUCACCACGGUCAUCGUGAACAUCACCACCACCUUUGCCAUCGUCACAAGUGCUACCGUGACCAGCACCAUUUCCUUCUUCGCUCUCAUCCCACCACCACCGCCACCACCCCCAUACCCACCACCUUCACACCAUCAUGCCAGACCUGUUGCGUUCGCCUCAGAGGAAAAGGAUGCUUUUGCCGUCUAUGCAGAGGUGAGAUGCCCACAGCUCAGUGAGAUGCCCUGCAAGGACUUGAAUCUAAGAAGCAGGGCCUCCCAAAAUCCUCUUGGUGACUCCAAGGACAUCUUCUACUAG